AUAUAAUAAUGUGCGUACGCUGAGUUGGCCAAGCUUCGGUUUGAAGAUAAAAGCUAGACGAAAUCAACGAAGAAUUCUCAGUUUAUGGUUCUUGUAGACAUCGAAUUAACCACGUUUUUGUUUCACGAAAGGCACGUCCAUUUUUCCUCUGUUUUCUUAGGUGUGUCUCUGCGUUUACGUUGAAUUGUUUUCUCCUUUGUCGGCGGUGUAUUUUUCCCAUGUUUUCUGGGGUUUUAUCUUAAAGGGUGUCUGAGUAUUUCUGGGUUUAUUCCCUGUUUCAUUUUUUUUGCCUUUAUUUUUACUUUUUUUUUAAUCGAUUUUUGGAGCUUCAUUAUAACGUAGAGGCUGGGAGCUGAUUGUUAUCUCAUCUCUGGCUGCCGAGAAAAAGAAGAAAAAAAAUUUCAAAUUUCAAGCUUUAUUGGUUUUCUGGAUUUAUUGCUUGCUCAAAGUUGAGGCUGUGAUUGGAUCAAAAGUUUCAAACUUUAGCUGUAUUGUGUGGUGGAGUUUUGUCUUUAAUUUGGUGAGAACUAUCCCCGAUGAGAUUUAUGUGAAAUGAAGGAUUAAUUCAUGUAGACAGGAUUGAACUUUAGUAUAUCUGAAGUGGGGAAGGUAAGUUAAGGGUAGGGAGGAAUUAAAAGUUUUCUUUGAAUGGAUCACUUGUUUGCAAGACAAAGAGAUAUUGAAGUAGAUCUUGAAAGUGGUGGGACUACCAGUGAAGAUGAAAGAACCAAAGAUGAUGUUUCAUCCAAUAUACAAACAAAGAGAACUUUGAGUACAUUUUGGAGUGAUCUUUUGACUUUUGAUAGAAUAGGCAAGGGUGAAUGUGGCAUAAACUCGUGUGGUAGUUCCUCAAGUUUUGGUGCAGUUGAGGGUGAGAAUAUGGAGUUCUUGGCAGACAAGAAUUCAGAACAAGAGAAUCAUGAACUCAUGGCCCUUGUGAAUAAGAACUCCCCAGAAGAUAAGUAUAAGAAGACAAGCCCUAGGAAGCCUCCCAAGCCACCACGGCCUCCAAAAGGUCCAUUGUUGGAUGCUGUAGACCAGAAAUUGGUGAGGGAGAUUACUGAACUUGCCAUGAGAAAACGUGCCAGGAUGAAACAAAUUAAAGCAAAGAAGAAAAUGAAGGCAGCAAGGGCUUCAUCAACAAGCAGUAGCCUUUCUGCUAUGGUCAUCACAGUUCUUUUUUGCCUAGUCAUAUUCUUUCAUGGUAUAUGUUCCAGACGCAGUGGAAGUGUGAUGUUAGAGAGGUCUCCUGCAGCAGCAGUUGGCUCGAGUGAAGGCUUGAUUGCUGUUCAAUUUUACAAAAAGUUUCCUACGACUGAAAAACAUGACCAUGAUCCUCCUAGUUUGGUAGAACAGCAGGUUUCUGGUUCCGUAGGGGAAGAAACUAGGAAAGUUGCCAGAUGAUGUUGCCAAUGUGGUAUUUUACAUGCCGUAAACAAUUGGUCUUCUUGAUAUUUAUGUAAACAAAUUUUGAUGCGAUUAUGUAAACAAAUUUUGAUGCGAUGCCUGGCUAUGCUGAUUUCUGUAUAUAUGAACCGUUGUAGGACAAGCUGGAGCUAUUGUACAGUUUAGUUAGUACAGCAAUUUGUUGUGACAUAAGUUUACUACUUAAUCCUUCCAAAAUUGGGGAUAUUUCUGCAGAAAAUGACCUGAUAUAAUAUCCUGAUCCCGAAUGAUGAAUAUGUCUUUCCCGCCAUUGUUAGCAUGUGUUGAUGAUAAAAGAAACACCCAAAUUUGGUUAGUCUUGUCCCAUGGCUUUUGAUUGUUUUUCCCCGAACCAGAAUUGAUGUAAUGAAAAUGAAGUAAUCAGUAAAGGGUAGGACUUGUACCGUUUCCUUGCCUUUCGGUUUUCCCUUCGGCGUAGUUCUAGUCUCUUGCUCUGCUAGUUGGGUUGUAGUAAGGGGAUAAUUGAUCAAA